AUGGAGUAAUUUAUAUCCUAAUUAGGAGAUAAGAAAUUUGGAAAAGAACUGGAACAAUUAGUGGAAAUGGAUGAUGAGUAAUUUAGAUAUAAAUAAUUUAUAGAUAAACUAUGAAUUAAUUUGUGUAAGCGAUGAAAAAGAUUAUGAAUGAAAAAUACCCUCCCAAAGAAUGUCUUUAUGGAUUAAAGAUUGUCAAAGAUUGCAUUGAGAAAUUCAAUGACUCUUUUAAGCUUAAGGUUAAAUAAGAAUUGAUGGAUAUCAUUUAUUAAAUAGCUACCUAUAGAAUAAAAGAUUAAGAUGAUACAAGGGGAGCUACUUAUUUUAAAAACCCAGAACAUGAUAAAACUAUAGAAUAAUAUGGAGCAAGCUAUCAUCGUUUAGCUUUGGAUUGUAUUAGAGUAUGGGCCAAAUGGUUUCCAGAUUUCAUGAUUUAUUAAAAAAAAUUAGAGUAAGAAAAUGGAUAUUUGCCAUAAAUAAACUACUUUAAGUAGGAUUAAAUAGAAAAGUAUAUUCCAAAAAUUUAAGCAACUCCAACUCCAUAAGAUGAAACAUAAUAAAUUCAAAUCAAAGCCUAAGAACUUUAAUAACAACUCAUAAAUUUAUUUAUUGCCAAUAAUGAUGAAAAUAAUGUAGUAAUCAAUGAAUUAGCAACAAUAAAUGCUUAAGUUGAAGAUUUAUUACUUUUAGAUAUUUAAAAUGAAUUUGUAGAUGAUUUUAUUAUGUCAUAUUAAGAUUAUUAAGGAGGUAAUCUAAAUUACAAUCAAUUAAGAUAAUAAUUUCUUCGCUCUCAUUAAUCUUAAUUUAAAUAAUAAGAUCCUUUAAUUAAAAAUUAGAGCAAUAUUUAAGCAUCCAAAAUUUAAAAGCCUCCUUAAUAAUAAUAUUUCACUUCUGAAAAUGAUGAUAAUUAUAUUUAAUCAUAAAUCUAACAAUAAAAAAAUGAAGACAAAGUAAUGAUUGAAAAUUUAAAACAAAUUAUUAAUUAAAAAGAUGGUUUAAUAUCAAGUAUGAAAUUAGAUUUAUAGAAACAAAUAUCAUUAAAUGAUAAGUUAAGUAAUGAAAAUAAUUAGAAACAAACAGAAAAUCUAAAACUUUAAUAGGAGGUAAACAUAUUGUAACAAAAACUAAAUGAUGAAAAUCAAUAUUAUUAAGAUCAUUUAUUAGAGUUAUAGCAAUAAAUUUAACAUUAUUAAUAAUAGCUUGAACAAUCAAAAUAAUAAAUUGCUUAAUCAUAAAUAAGAUUAGGAUAAUCAUAAUUUGAAAAACCUAUGGAAUCAUAAAUUGCAUUAUAAAAUUUGUAAGAAGAAUUAGAGAAUUUAAGAGUGGAAAGAAAUUUGUUAUUGGAAUAAUAGAGAAUAUUUUAAUAGAAAAGUAGUUAGGUCUGUAGUUAACUUGACUAUAUGAAUUUAAAAAAAAAAUAUGACGACCUAGAUAGCAAAUACUUCUUAUUAAAAUAAGAGAAUCAAAAAUUGAGACAAUAAACUCUUGAGUAUAAUAAUUAUCAAUCAGCAAAUCAAAGUAGGAAUAUUGAUAGUGUGAAUAGAGAAAUUGAUUAUUAGGAUGAAAUUUAAAAUCAAAAAUUUGUUUUUUACAAUUUUAAGGACUCUGAUCUAUAAUCUUAAGUUUUAAGUGUAAAAUCAUAAUAACAAACUACAAAAUUAUGUUAUUCUAAGGAGGUUUAGUAAUUGAUUUAUCCUCAUAAAACUGCAUCUGAAUAUUAUAGAAUUAAUGGAAAGAAAUAAUUUAGAGGAAUCCAAAUUAGUAGAAAUUAAUUUCAACUUUAAUUGAAUAGCACUAAUAUUAUUAAUUUUAAAAAAGCAAGUAUAAAUUAACUAGCUAUUUUAUUUUAAUCAAACAAAGUUGAAAUAAAAUCAAGACAAUAAAUUAUUUACGGUAAUAAUCAAUAAGAAUAUAUAUCUACUACUUUAAGUAUUAAGAAUAGAGAACUCAAACCUGUGUAGGUAUAAAUUAUCAAUUACAAUAAAAACGUUUGGGUCAAUAAGGAUUUGAAAAGCAUACUAUUAUAGUCAUAAUAAUAAAUAUUGUAUGAAUUUAUACGAGAAGCCUAAAUUUAAACUCACUAAUAAACUUAAUUAUCGUUUUCUAUCAAGUAUUAAAUAUAUAUUUUAACCUUUUAGUUUUGAAAACUUUAUUUUAUAUUUACCAAAUUUUAUAUUAACUUCUUUGAAAUUCUAUUAGAUAGAGGCUCUCUCUUUCAAAACUAUAAAAUAAUAAUUUUUGGGUAAGGUUUAUAAAACCUAAUUACUUCCAAUAGGUUGCGCUUUAGAAUUAAAAUAACUUAGCUAAAAGGGAGUUUUAUUGAAUAAUUGGGAGUUAGAAAAUGAAGAAUUGAUUACAGAGAGUAAAUUUGGAUUUAAAGCUGUGUUAUUAAACUAACUUGAAUUUUAUAUGGAAUUGAUUACAACACCUUGCGAAGAAUUUUUAUUUAGAGGAUUUACCAGUUUCGAUGAAGAAUUAUUAUAAUUCAUUCUUAAUGGAUUAUCAAAUUUAUUUAGUUGA